AUGAUUUCCAAAUCUAGUAUUGCUAUGUCCGACAAACCAACUCAGUACAGAACCCUAUUCACAGAGGAAGAAGAUCGCCUUCUCAGGAAGUUAGUAGAACAAUAUGGUGAAAACCAAUGGGAGUAUCUUAGUAGACAGCUUGGAACAAGAUCAUCCCGUCAAUGCAGAGAAAGAUGGACAAACUACCUUAGUCCCAGACUUUCACAGGGCCCAUGGUCAAGAGAAGAAGAUAAACUUUUGUUCAAUAAAGUUAAAAAAUAUGGUAAGAAGUGGGAAUUAUUAGUUAGAUUCUUCCCAACAAGAUCGCGCAAUAACAUUAAGAAUAGAUAUAACACAGUAGUUAGAAAAGGACUUGGUCUUGGUUUAGAAGUGACAACUGUUGAAGGAUUUAUCUUAUCUGCAGAACGUGUAGAAUCAAGAAAUAGACCUGCCACAAGUUCUAAAAAGGAUAUCAAUCUUAACAUCCCUCAACCUAAUCCUAUUGAAAAGUAUUCCAUCCAAAACUUCCUUAUCUAA